AUGACUCAAGAGGAUGUCGUGGAUGAGCCUAUGGAUGGUUCAAGCGAGGUCAACGUCCAGAAAAUUACCACCAAGGAUCAGCUUAGCGCGCUGAUUGAUGACGUGGAGAAUACGCGUGAUCGUUGGUAUAUGAAGCAAAACCAGGUCGAGGGCUUGGACUACCAGUUAGUGCCAAAAGAGCAAUUCCUCGCUUUCUACAACACGUUUGGCGCUGUCGAUGAUGACCGAGACGUGAUUCAGCGGAAGGACGAAGAUCGUUACGAGUUGCUGACGAUCGAGAUGAAGACCAACUGGGAGCAUUUCUUCACCUUCAACCAAGUGGUUCUGAUUGAUGUGCUCGAUGACGAGGGCAAUGGAGUUAUUCAGCCGCCCGCGCCGCGGUCUCGGAACGGCCCAUCGAUGAAUGGUGGAGGAAGCCUCUCCUAUGCGCGUGUUGCCGACCAGAUCCCGGGCGUUUGCGGACUUCAAAACUUGGGCAAUACUUGCUUCAUGGCUUCUUCGCUGCAAUGUUUGUCCAAUGUGCCGCCGCUCAGACAAUACUUUUUGUCUGGUCACUACAAGGGCGAGGUCAACGAGCAGAAUCCGCUCGGAACUGGUGGCGAUUUGGCUCAUGCCUUUGCUGACCUCUUGGAGCAGCUAUGGAGCGGAGAAAACAGCAGCAUCAGCCCGAGGCAAAUUAAGACCGUCAUUGGACAGAUUGCGCCCCGCUUUAGCGGCUUCAGCCAACAAGACUCCCAAGAAUUGAUGGCCUUUGUCCUGGACGGUCUGCAUGAAGACUUGAAUCGGAUCAAGAACAAGCCCUACUUUGCGGAUAAUGACGAGGACGAAAAUAAGUCUGACGAGGAGUUGGCCAAGCUGCAGUGGGAUCAGUACAAAGCACGUAACGACAGCAUCAUCGUCGACAAGAUCCACGGGCAAAUCAAGAGUACUUUGACCUGUCCCACAUGCAUGAAGAUAUCCAUCAAGUUCGACCCGAUCUGCUUCCUUUCCCUGCCGCUGCCCAUCCCUGAGAAGCAAUUUGAGCAAAUGUUUUUGUUGAUGCAGCCUGACAAGAAAUGGGCUCUGUUCGCCAUGAAGGUCACCAGGAGCACCACCGUUCCCGAGGCCACAAAAAUCAUCCAAGACGAUCUGGCGAAGAGCAUUGAAUACAAGGAAAAACCGAUUGUCCUGUGGAAGAUGGACGAGCGUCAGAACGUCCAGUUCCUUCGUGCCGACGACACGGUGGCCAUCAAUAAUUCGUACAGCUCGUACCACCAGCAGCAACACCACAACAAAAUUUAUGGCAUUUUCGUUGAUUCCCCUGAACAACAGCUCAUGGUAGUGGUCAAGAACCAAUCGGUCAGCAACGAACGCCCCGUUACUUUGCCCUACGUGUUCGCUAUCAGCCCGGGCGUCGAAAUCAAUAGGGAGUGGGUUGACAAUGUGGCGAUGCCGACGAUCCGUAGCGAAUUCUUCAAGGAUCCGCAGCUGGUGCAUGACGCAGACGAAGGAGUCCCUUAUGAGAUCUUUUUCGAGACCCCCGAGGGCCUCUCGCCGUUGAACGAAGAAAGCAUCCGCGGGGUCUCCGUGACGACUUUGGUGAUCCGUUGGCAGAAUCCGCAAAUCUUUAAUGGGAAAGAUGGCAAGGCCCUCGUCGAUCGUCAGUGCAGGGUCCCUGUGCCGACGCUGAUAACGCUGAAGGAUUGCAUCGACUUGUUCACCAAGGAUGAGAAAUUGAGCGAGAACGACAGUUGGUACUGCCCUCGCUGCAAGGAGCAUAAGCGUGCUACGAAGCGUCUUGACCUCUGGAAGUUGCCUGAUGUGCUCAUCAUCCACCUCAAGCGCUUCAUCUACGACCGGUGGCAUCGCGAGAAGAUUGGGAUUCAAGUGCAGAUCCCGUCUCGGGGUUUGGAGUUGAACGACAAAUUGGCAAAUGACAAGCACGAGCAUGUCCAAUAUGACCUCAUCGGAAUGUCCCAUCAUUAUGGAGUGCUGGCCGGCGGGCACUACAAGGCCACCGGAUUGAAUCCCAAUGGGAAAUGGUACGAAUUUAACGACUCCUCUGUACACGAGAUCCCGGCUCCGGAUGAUCCCUAUAUCAGCGACAGCCCUUAUUUGCUCGUCUAUCAGCGAAGGGCAAGCCCGGACGUCCACCAUGUCGAUGAGAAUAUUGCGAUGGAAGUCAACGAG